AUGAGCCGCAAAAAGUGCACGCCAGCUGCUUUUCCCGCGCCGACCAACCUCACCGCCUUCCGCUGCGCCGAGCGACUCUGGAAGGACCGCGCCCGACCUCUCGACCUCUCGCUCGCCUUCGACCCUCAGCACAUCUCGUGGGACGCAGCGCGGCUCGAGGGGCGCACGAGGGGGAUCUGGCGAGCGGGCGACGGCACCGAGGAGGUCGUCUGGCGGGUGACGAUGGGCGACCUCGCCGCCGCCGGCAUCGGGCAGAGCAGGUGGAAGGGCAAAGGGCGGGAGGACGACAACAACGACUACGCCAUUGUGAUACCUCGAGUACCAGGCCUCGUCUUCUUCCCUCGCAUCCUCCCCGAGCACGUCCAGCGUGCUCUUGUAGCCGAGACGCUGCAACACGCUCGUUCGCCCAACCUCACACAGCUCGACAAGCUGUACGACCUGCCGCGAGAAGGUCUGUGGGGCGCGUGGGCGGCGGGCAAGGGCGACGAGGUCGUGCCUCGCGCGGUCGAGGAGCAAGAGGGUGCGACGGGCUCGACGGGACCAUCGUCCGGGUCGCAGAUGUGCGCGGCCGGGCCGGCGUCCAUCGGUCGGGAACGAGACGGUGUCAAGUCGGCGCGAGAGACGGUGACGGUGCGCGAGCUCUUGCCCAAGCUGCGCUGGGCCAACGUCGGCUUCCACUACAACUGGACGACCAAGGUCUACGAGUUCGAGCGCGGCUGCGUCCCCCUCCCGCCCUUGAUCCACCGCUGCUGUCGCGACCUCGCUCGUCAAACGCCCUGGGACCGCAUCUUCGGCGACAGCAAGACGCCGAGCAGGUCGCACGACUGCAGCACCUGGGCGCGCGACUACGAGCCAGACGCCGGCCUAGUCAACUUUUAUCAGCUCAAGGACAGCCUGACCUCACAUGUCGAUCAAGCCGAGGUCGACGCCGUCAGCCCGCUCGUCUCGUUCUCGCUCGGGCACUCGUCCAUCUUUCUCGUCGGUGGUACCAGUCGAGACGUGCCGCCGUUGGCGAUUCUGCUGCGAUCGGGCGACGGGCUCUGCCUCGCAGGCGAGGGACGGCGCGUCUACCACGGUCUACCACGUGUCCUCGAGGACUCGCUGCCCGAUUAUCUGCUCGCCUCGCACAGCGACUCGGCGUUCGAGGCCGACGACUGGCGGCUGUUCGGCGAGUACCUCGAGCGCGGCGCCCGCAUCAACGUCAACCGUCGUGACCUGCGCGGCCGCCUUCUCAAGAACCCGAACUUCUAG